AUCAGAAUAGUUAAUUUCUUAAAACUCGGAGGUAGGUAGCAUCUACAAAUCCAAUCAAGCAAUGGCCAGUAGCAAGCAUCGGGCUGGGGCAAUAGAAAGCUUCCACGCACUCUUCACUGGGAUGCGAUUUAAAUCCUAAGACUGUUGUCGUCCUCCGGGAUAAUCCUGCGCUUUCCAAAGCACACUAAGAUCUAUCCGGCAAGCCGCCGGGACGAAUCGGCACUCGAUCUCAUACAGAACUCAUGGCUGCACUUAUUGGGAGCUGCGGAGUCCUUUCCAGCAUACGCAUGUCAAAACCUCAAGACCAUAUCAAAAGGCAGAAUGCGUUCAACAGCAAGCGUUUCUGCAGCUUUGCCGCCGCCACCCCCGCAUCGGUCUCUGUUGAGGUUACGGAACUUAAUUCUACCGUGGAAAAAAUUGGCAAGGGUUCUGAAUAUAGUGAUACUUUAUAUAAGCUUGCAUGCCCAAUUUGUUACAAGCCAUUCAUUAGUAGAGGCGACCCGCGACUGACUUUUUCCUCUACUAUUGGGUCUGGAGCUGAAUGCUGUACGUGCAAGAAGUUUUAUCCCCACAGCGGAACAUAUUUUGAUCUCACGAUAGCGAGUGGAUUGGGGGAAUAUAAUGAAAGCAUGCCUGCUACAGCAGAAAUGUUCAGGAAUCCUUUGGUGUCAUUUCUGUAUGAGAGGGGUUGGCGUCAAAGUUUCAUUUUGGAUGGUUUCCCCGGCACUGAAAGAGAGUUUGAGAUGGCCCAAGAGUACCUUAAGCCUACAACUGGAGGAACUAUUGUAGAUGCAAGCUGUGGGAGUGGACUAUUCUCAAGGUUGUUCGCCAGAAGUGGAAUUUAUUCGCAUGUAGUUGCUUUGGACUACUCCGAGAAUAUGCUGCGGCAGUGCUAUGAAUACAUUAAGCAAGAGGGCAUACCAAAAGAGAACUUGAGCUUGGUCAGGGCUGAUAUCUCCAGGCUUCCUUUUGUUUCAAAUUCCAUAGACAGCUUGCAUGCGGGUGCUGCAUUGCAUUGCUGGCCAUCACCUUCUACUGCUGUUGCAGAGAUCAGCAGGAUUCUUCGCCCUGGUGGCAUUUUUGUGGCCACGACUUUCAUUUAUGAUUUUCUUGUUAUUCCAGUUCUCAGUACACUACGAGAGUUCUACAGCCGGACUUCAGGCCACCACUUGUAUACAUCAGAACGACAACUGGAGGAUCUCUGCAAAGCAUGUGGUCUGGUUGGCUUUAAAUGUGUGAGGAAUGGAUUUUUUGUGAUGAUAUCUGCAACCAAACCUGAUUACUGAACUUCUGAAUCUCAAACUACUUCCAGGUUAGUUAUCAGCUCUUAUUUAGUGAAUUCGUGUUUUGAACAGGUUUGACCAUUUAGUAUGGAUGUGUUGACCAGAUGAUUUUUUUUUUAAUUUUGAUUUUAGUAGCUUGUCAAAUAAUUAUAAUGUUCGCGACCAUGGAUUAAGUAUUGGCAGUGCAGCCCACACAUUAAUCUAUCAUAAUUAUGUUA